AGAAAUUCGAUUAAGGAAAAAAGCGGUAUUGCAAAAACAAGAAGCCAAUAGAUUCUCUCUCUUAACCAGAAUCAAACCUGUCCUUCUCUAUUCCUAUAAAAACCAAACUCCAUCUUCUCACAAAUCUCCUCCACACCAAACCUCUCUCUCUAUCUCUGUCCAAAUAAGAACAAAAAAAGACAAGAUUCAGAAAAAAAUGGAGGUUUCGAUGAGAAAGCCUUAUUUCAUAGAAGAAGAAGACGAUGGUUUUGUUUCUUUAUCUGAGAUGGAAGCUGGAGUUUCAAGUCCUUCUUGUUACAACUAUCCUCAGAGUUAUUAUUAUAACCAUCAUCAUCAUCAGUACUCUGUUUCAUCUCCCAGAUCUGGAAAAUUUCAUGAUUUUAGAUUCGACAAUAGCUAUUACGGUUAUGGACAGCCUCAUUUCUUGGACUCUUGCUUCCUCUGCAAGAAACGUCUUGGUGAUAACAGAGACAUCUUCAUGUACAGAGGAGACACACCGUUCUGUAGUGAAGAGUGUAGAGAAGAACAGAUAGAAAGAGACGAAGCAAAAGAGAAGAAACAGAGUCUGUCUACAUCUGUGAAAGCUAUGAGAAGAAAUGAAAAGCGAAGCUCUUCUUCUUCUCCAACUAGAUCUCGUAACUAUGCUUUCCGCACUGGAACUGUUGCUGCUGCCUAAUUUAAAGUUAUAAAGGAAAAAAAGGGAGAUAGAGAAUCCAUUAACGCUCAUAUUGCUGUAAAAGCUAGUUAAUGGAUUUAUGGGUUUUUUCUUCAUCUAAAGAUCUUUCUUUAGUUUGAAUUUGAAUACUAAACCAAAAAAAAAAUGGUUAGGGAAAAAGAAAAAAAAAAAAGCGAAGAAACCUCUCUUUUUUAAAGGGUUUGUCCUUUCUUUGUUUUAUUUUCAUGUUUAUUAGUUUUGUUUUUCUUGAAGAAAAAUAUAUAUAUGCAAUUUUGGGUACAAGAAAACUAUGGCCAAAACGUCUAUGUGAAUUUGGUAAAUCUUUUUUCUUUUUUUUAAUGUGAAUGAAAAUAUGUAUGUAUUAUGAACAUCAUCAGCCUGACUGUUCUCUUAUUUUGGAAUGAUGGGAUUGUAAUGAAAAUGUACAAAUUAAUAUUAUAAUGAUAAUAAAUAAUUC